AUGAGUCACAACACUACGUUCUUACCACAGAGCUCCCAGACCAACAACCUGCUCGACCCCCACAUCGUGGAACUUGUCCUGGCGGUCCAGCCCUUCGUCUUAGGCACCGCCGGGCUCUUCGGUAUCCUAGGCAACGUGAUCAACAUCCUUGUCUUCUACAAGCAGGGCUACAGCGACAGCGUCAACAUCAUCCUCACGGCACUAGCUAUCAGCGACACGGGGGCGCAGGUGACGCUCCAGGUCUUCUACCUGAUCAUGAACCCCUGGAUUAUGAACUCCGGCCUUGUCGUGAAUCCCUUAGAAACGAGCACGGCUGCAGCGAUCUACCCACAUUAUUAUUUCAUCAGGGUGUGUGGGUUCAUCACGGCUUACGCUGCUUUAGAAAGAUGCGUCUGUGUGGUCAGUCCUUUAAAAGUUAAACGCAUCUUCACCAACAAAACCGCCAUUGUCACUGCGAUAAUAUUCUUCGCUAUCACAAUGCUGCGUAUGUUUCCUGUGUUCUACACGGUCUACUUAGGAAGGUUUGAUUUCAAUGCCAAUGGACCCACCGUAUACGCCAAGUUUCGUGAAAACGUAUACACUAUCUUCAAUAUCACGUACUAUAUUUACGAUCUGAUGGCGCCGUACACUACUUUCUUCAUUAUACUAAUGAGUACAGGAAUAAUUACGAUCAAAUUAAAACACCAAUCGCGAUGGAGACAAUCCAUGUCACAUGUCAAGAAAGAGACACACAUCUCGAGCAGAGAGAAGAAGACAGUCAUCAUGCUGUCUACCAUCUCCAUCGUGUUCGUCAUCUGUCUCAUCCCAUCAUCUACCAAGCUGACAGUCAUCAGUUUUAUGCCGGACUUGAGAUUGGCCGGGAAAAAUUUCAGUAUAGCCCUGAUGUGUUACUGUGCCUGCUUCCUCUUUGAGACCGUUCUCUCUAGUGUCAAUAUUUUUAUUUACCUCAGAAUGAGUCAAAAGUAUAGGGAACAGUUUUUCAUAAUAUUUUCCCGAAAAAAGAUAAUCUAA